AUGGAUUGCUCACAUUUUAACUGCUAAUUAGGACUUUUAAGUAAUUAUGACUACAUUAGCUUACAUUUUUACCCAUUACAAUACUCCCUUUACAGUGGUGGCCGCUCUCAGUUCCCCCGAAGUGGCGGUGCCCGCUCAUGAUGCUCUCAAAGCAGCGGUGCCCGCUCACAAGGCUCCGGAAGCAGCGGUGGCCGCUCUCAGUUCCCCCGAGGCGGCUGUGUCUGCUCAUGAUCCUCCCGAGGCGGCGGAGCCCACUCACGAUGUUCUCGAAGCGGCGGCGGCCGCUCGCAGUUUCCCCGAGGCGGCGGUGGCCGCUCUCAGUUCCCCCGAGGCGGCGGUGGCCGCUCUCAGUUCCCCCGAGGCGGCGGUGCCCGCUCACAAGGCUCCGGAAGUGGCGGUGGAACUCGCCUCCGUUCUUUUCAAGGCGGCAGCACCACACGCACCGCUGUGGUGGCCGCUGGUUCUGCUCUGCGUGCCUAUUCCACCGGCUCUGCCCCAGUCCCCAGGUCCCCCGCUACCACACGGACCUGAUAUGCCUUCCCCACGCCUCUCUGGGCAGAUUAUUAAUAAUUGUUAGGAGUUGUAUUAAGUGUUGUUACGGGACUGAUGCAAGCUCUAUGUGGCCGUAUUGCAUCAGAUUCCCUUUUCUGUUUCAAGCCUGUGUCAGAGUCUUAGCUCUGUUUGUGUUUUCUGUUUUGGUUUUGAUUUUGUUUUCCCGGCAGUCAAUAAAAGCCUGCAUUUGGACCUAGACCCGUGCUUACAUGGUGUGUUUUCAGUACCGAGGCGUGACAAGUGUACAGAAAACUCGAAUGAUGAGCAUUAAGACUACUUCCUGUUUUGUUGGGCUGUUUCAGGAAGCCAUCAAUCAUCAGUUUGACAGCUAUC